CCCUGGUUUUUCAGAAUGGUUUCCGACCACUAGUUAAGAGUUUCCUACGCUUCUUUCAUCAACAAUGACCCACCACAGUAACGAAGAUGCGUGGAGGAAUCUCUCAGCUAUAAAUUUCCCAUUUGCAACAUUACCGUCGAGUUAGGGUCUGAAGUUUUGUACAGGCCGGCAGUCAUGGUCCGAAUUGCUCAGAAAAAUGGGAUGCUUGCAGUCUUCUACUGCACACUCAGUGUUCUCCUUCUCCGAUCUAGCUGCAUCUCGGAAGACGGCAAAAUUCUUCUCCAGAUAAAGGCGAGCGAUUGGAUCGGCGGAGGUAAUAAUUUGACGGACUGGAAUGCUUCUGACGAAAACCCCUGCAGCUGGAAUGGGAUCUCUUGCAAUUCUUCCAAGUUCGUCACUGCAAUUAAUCUUACCGGUGCCUCAAUUUCAGGCAAUCUGACUUCUACCAUAUGCCAUCUUCCAAGUCUGGAGACGUUGAUUCUCAGCGAGAAUGCUUUCCGGGGGCCCUUUCCCGACGGGCUGUUUGAUUGCAAGGGUUUGCAAGUGCUUGAUUUGUCCAUCAAUCGCUUCUUUGGAAGCCUGCCCAGUCGAAUCAGUGAAUUCAGGCAGCUGAGGGUCUUGAAUUUGUUAGAAAAUAGUUUCAGUGGCUCCAUUCCUCCAGCCUUUGGAAUGUUGUCCAACAUCCAAGAGCUCUCGUUGGACGAAAAUAAUUUGACGGGCGGAAUCCCUACUUUUCUCGGCAAUUUGACAACCCUGAGGAAAUUCACUGUUGGCGAUAACCCUCUCCUAGGCGGUGUCAUACCAGCAGAGCUCGCGAUAUUGAACCGGCUGCAAGAUUUAGAACUAUAUAAUUGUAGUCUAGUUGGUGAAAUUCCGAAUUUUUUCGGUAAUUUUACGCAGUUGGAAUGUUUGGAUUUGUCGCAGAAUUGGCUAAAGGGCAAUAUUCCGACUAGUUUAACUACUUUGUCCAAGUUGAGUAUUUUGUACCUUUGGGGUAACAAUUUGUCUGGACCGAUUCUGGCUAAUAUCGAUGAGAUGGGAAAUCUGACUGAGUUAGAUCUUUCUGCCAACCAGCUAAGCGGUGAAAUUCCCUACAGAAUCGGCAAUCUGGAAUCUCUGGAGCAGCUAAAACUGGGUCAAAAUCAGCUCACCGGAGAAAUCCCUGCACAGCUCGGUAUGCUGCGGAACUUGAGGAAACUGUAUCUGUUUGAUAACAAGCUUAAGGGGUGGUUGCCCCAGGAUUUGGGUACAUAUUCCAAUCUCUAUUUUGUCGAGGUGACAGGAGCCGGUUUGGAAGGCCCCCUGCCAAAAAAUCUGUGCAAAAAUGGAAUGCUUUACGCGUUGGCUUUAGCUUCAAAUAAUUUCAAUGGGAGCCUACCUUCUUCCUUGGGAGAUUGCGCGAGUUUACAGUAUGUGCAGCUGUAUAACAACCAGCUCAGUGGUGAGAUUCCUAAGGGGUUUUGGAGCGCUUCAAGCCGGGUACAGUUGUUGCUCUAUAAUAAUAAGUUUGAGGGCCAGAUUCCAUCUGCGAUUGGACAAGCAAAGAGCCUGGCUUGGUUGCAAAUAAACAACAACCAAUUCAGCGGAAGCAUUCCCUCGGAGAUUGGACAGCUGACAGACCUCCAGAUCUUAAACGCGAGCAGCAAUCAGUUGUCAGGGUCCAUUCCAAAUGAGCUUGCGAACUUGACGUUGAUCAAUAGUCUCCAGCUUGAUCACAAUUUUCUGUCAGGAGAAAUUCCCAAGAGUUUAAUAUCACUAGAGAAGCUUACUGUUCUCAAUUUGGGUACAAAUCGUCUUACAGGCGAAAUCCCUGCAUCCUUGGGCGACCUGUCCGCACUGAACAGUCUUGAUCUCUCAAAUAAUUCGCUCUCUGGCCAAAUUCCUGCUGAACUAGGACGCCUCUCAUUAAAUGUUUUCAAUGUAUCCAACAAUCGCUUGUCUGGUCCAAUUCCUGCCGCUCUCGACAAUUCGGCCUACAAAUACUCUUUUCUCGGGAAUCCAAGAUUAUGCGGAGGUCGGAAUUUGAUGCUGAGGUCGUGUUCUUCAGACAAGAUAUCAUCUCAACAAUUGGCUGCAAUUAUAGUACCGUCUGUGAUUUUAGCAGCCAUAGCACUGGGCUCCAUUGGUGUGUGUUGGUACUGUCUCAGGAAAGCAAGGGCCACGCCAUCAUGGAAAUUGACAUCUUUCCAUCUGCCGGAGCUGAAUGAGUUGUACAUCGUCCGCAACUUGUCAGAGGAAAAUGUUAUUGGAUCCGGAGGCGCUGGAAAAGUUUACAGGGUCAUUCUGCAGAGCGGGGAAGCGGUAGCGGUGAAGAAGAUCCGGAACAUAAGCAGAUCACGGGGAAAAUUUAAGAGAAAAGGGGCUCAGCGAAACCAUGAAUUGGGGGAAGUGGAGGUGGAUACAUUGGGACUCAUUCGGCACACCAACAUUUUAAAGCUCCUCUGCUGCAUUUCAAGCGAAGAGUACGAUUUCAAGCUAUUGGUAUACGAGUACAUGCCCAACGGGAGCCUGUUGGAGCGCCUACAGAAUUCACAAGGACCACAAGUGGGGCUGCCUUGGCCAGUCCGCUAUAAGAUCGCAAUGGGGGCAGCCCAAGGGCUGAGCUACAUGCAUCACGAUUGCACACCUCCAAUUCUACACAGGGAUGUGAAAUCCAGCAACAUCUUGCUGGAUAAAGAUUUAGAGGCUAAAAUUGCAGAUUUUGGCCUGGCCAGAGUUCUUAAUAACCUGGGCGAAGAGUACUCUGUUUCAGGCUAUGUGGGGUCUCACGGAUAUAUAGCUCCAGAGUACGGCCAUAGACUGAAAGUGAGCGAAAAAAUUGACGUGUACGGCUUCGGAGUGGUGGUGUUAGAGCUGGUGAGCGGGAUGAAAGCUACGAAUGAAGUGCAGUACGGGGAAGGAGUGGACAUAGUGGAGUGGAUCCGCAGCACAAUAAUAGGCAGGGGAGAGAUGGGAGUGCUGGACUGGCGAAUAUUGGAAGAGAAGUACAUAGAGCAAAUGCUGUUGGUGUUGCGGGUGGGUCUGGUAUGCACAAUCAGGGACCCUAAACGGCGGCCUUCGAUGAGGAAAGUGGUGGAGAUGCUGGUGAUGUGCAAUCCAAACCAGGAAGAAAGGAUAAAGAUGCUUUUUCCGCAGGAGAGGAGGAGUCGGAGGGCGGCUGCUAGUUUCUCCUCUACCACGCCACUUGUUCCCACUGACAACGAAGCGGAUUACUUUUCAGAUUUGGAGACCUAAAAAACCUCCUAGUCCGCCACACAAAUUCCCCAAAUUCCCAUCAUGGGUACCUGGAAUCGAAGGCCUAAAUUUGAUGGUUGUAUGACUUGUAUUUUUUAGUAUUGUAAAAUAUUAUUAUAAAUUUGGAAAAAAAAAAAAAAUUUCUCUUGAAAAAGGAGAUUUUAGAUAGUUUGUAAAAAAUUUAUAUAGUAGUUUUUUUUUUAAAGAUGAAGGUCUUAUUUGAAAGGACGUUCCUUUACAUAUAGAUAUUCUAAAUGGAAAUAAUUUGAUGAGUUUUUUU